AUGAAGCGACCAACCCUCGUAAACCGCGACCGUCAACAUUAUUGUGCAGAAUAUCGCACAACCGAUAAUCCUACUCACCCUGUUGUAUCUCAUUUACUCGGAAUAAAACGUGCACACGAUAUCGUGAACAAUAGUUACAACGACCGCUAUCGUCCAUACCGCCAGCAAACGGUAGAGAGCCAGAAAAUUGUUUCAAACUAUUUCACGUGUGUAGGGAGACAUGAACUAAAUUCAGAAGCGGCAAUGACCCAACUCUAUAUGAAUUAA